AUGGGCGAGUUGCUGUUCUUGACCCUCUGCUGGGCACACCAUAGGCGACCAGGCGGGUAUAGGCCACUGCUCCGCGCGCCAGAGAUCGACUUGCUCGUCUUUCGGGGCAUGUAUCCUACGCCAGGUAGGCCUGGCUCCCCGCUGUUGGUAGCUCCUCCCCAGCUCCACGGCAAGGAGCGCAUGAAGCAGAUCAAACGCCACGCGCAGGCGCGCGUCAAGCAGUGGCGCGAGAAGGCACUGCGCAAGGCGCAGACCGCCGUGGACGCGGUCAGAGAGCAGGGUGGCGAGGCCGCCCUGGCUCUAGAGAUUUACUUCAGCAGCAGGAGAGACUGGUAG